AUGAUGACCAUGGACGUCGGCAUGUACAACAACCAGCAGGCCGGGUACAGCGGCGACUACUACCAGCAGCCGUACCAGGCCUACGAAGGCUACGAGGGGUACUACGAGCCUACGCACUACUACGAGCCGGCGCUCACGGGGCCGCCGUUGGAGCACCCGCCCGUCAUAAGCACGGACGCGGGCCUGUGCUACACGAACCUCGACUACGGCGAGUUGCAGACCUACCACCCGCUGCCACACCAGGAGGCGUACAAGCACCGCGAUGAGCAGCCGAGGCACGAGGAGCAUAUUCACGACCACAAGCUGGACAACCACUACCUCGAGACCAAGUACAACAUGCACUUCGUUGACGAGUCAGUUCAGUACGGCCACGGCGCGUCGCCGCUGCCGUGCGCCGAGUUUGACCCCUACCAGCCCAAAGACGAGUUCGGGGGCCUGCGGGAGGGUUUCCCGCGCGAGGGCGAGAUGCAGCACGGCCUGGUGGCCCACCAGCCCCACCCCUCCCACGCGGUGCCCACCUACAAGUGGAUGCAGGUCAAGAGGAAUGUGCCCAAGCCUUCCGGUGAG